CAAUAACCAUGGUCAAUAUGGAAUUAAUUCUGUGACCUUAAACAAUCAAUCUAACGAUUAACUGUCCUUGUUCAACGUUCUGUAACUUUCUCUUGAUCUUUCUCUCGAUCUUCCUCCUCUUCCUCCUCCUCUAAAAGCUUCUUCCUCCUUCCUUCCAAUACCAACAAUAUUUUCUCCACCACCACCACCUUCUCACCUUGAAUCUAAUCCCAAUACGAUUAACCCUCCACAAUGAAGUAUUUAUCUCCUCCUUGUAGUGCGAGAAUGUUAAUUGUAACCGAAAAUCAAAAAGAUCAACAUCAACAGUCGUUGUUGUCAUUAUCACUAUUUAAUUGUAAUUGCUUAGUAUCUUUCCCUCUUUCGUCAACAUUUAAUUGUAGUGAAAGAAAAAGUUUCAGUUCAAUUUGGACAUAAAGUUGAUUUGAAAAUCAAACAAUUAACUCGACGAUUUUCUGGUUCAACUUGUUGUGCCUUUCGGUACAAUAAUUAAGUCAAAAGUUUUGUGUCUCUUUUUUUGUCACCAAAAGGCUCGUUCAUUUAUCGACAACAUCUCAUAGAGACAACAUCGAGUCUUUUUCUUUCACAUAAUAGUUGAAUCGAGAGAUUAAUUUACUAAUCAUCGAAAACUCUGCCUGAGAGUAAACUUAAUUUCUUUGUUGGUAUUAAAUUGAUCAACCAAAUACCUGGAACAAAAAUAACAUGGAAAACAACAUGGAUCUCAUCAAAACAAUCGGAAUCAUUGUGAUAUCAUCUUGCUUUGUAAUUAACUACUCGAUGGCCGUACAAGGUGAUAAGACGGACAGUUGUGAUAUCGAUUCGCUUGACCAAUGUGCCAAACGGUUAUUCGGGUAUGGUGACCCUAAUUAUACAUUUGCUACGACAGAGGAACAGGUUCUUCAACAGUGCAAAACAUCAAAAGAAGCAGAAGUUUGCAUACGGCAAUAUAAUAAUCGUUGUGUCAAACCAUUCGCACGUCAAUACAUCAACAUUAUGCUUCGAGGUCCAUUGAAGUCAUUGAAGGAACGAUGUGCCUCAAAAAAAGGUGUCGAAGAAUACCUGAAAAACUCUGAUUGUUUGACUGCGACCAAAAAAGACUUGGAUGUUUGUACUCAUGAUGUUAUUGAAAACUUUAUGCUUGUCCCGAAAACCAAGAAGCCCGAAUGGAUCCCGUUGUCUUGCUGUUAUCUAAGUAAAUUGGAACAAUGCUCGAAAUCAGCAAUCGAAAACAAAUGUCCUCCUAACCAAACUGAAUACACUCAUAAAGCGAUGAGGAACCUUCGAGGAGACAUCUUAGAUCUUUUCUGUGACCACGAACUGGAAUGGGGAACAAGCAAAUGCGACGAAUUCGCGUCUCAUUUACCAACGAGGGAAAUCAAAGGCAAAAAACCCGAAUCAGUGUUACCAGUGAUUCUCAAUUUGAUGAACAAGUAUAUAGCUAAACAAUAAGCAGAAUUAAAACAUUUAAUUAGCACAAAUUUGUACAAAUCAAGAAACAACAACAACAAAAUCAUAUCAUUUUUCUUGUAGUACGUUUUUUAUUUAGUGACAUUUUCAUAGCUCUUGAUAUUUUUUAUACACAACUGAUUGUGAUUUAUACAAAAAAAACAAACAAAUAAACACAAAUAUCAUCAAGUCAUUUAGAAAUAGUUAAUUGGUUUGACAUUUCGUAAAUGACAAUUAAGACUUUUUGUAUUGAUUGAAUCAAGUCAAUUGAAUGGAUGUAAUUUCGUUCAAUGAACAAUAAAAAAACCAUUUCUGUUUCAAUUUAA